UGAACAUUACCUUCUUGACCGUGAUAGUUACGGAGCUGCGCCUACGAACUCGUGUGGCACAAUCUCAAACUCAAAAACAAACCUUGCUACUGCUACAUAAAAAUGAAAAUAUAAAUAAAAAUAUAUCUAGAUACCAGUCACUUGAGUUUCUGCUCGUAAGUUCUACUGCAAGUCCUCGUGCUAGACAUGAACAUAAUUGACCUGAUCAUGACUUGUAUUUCAAUUUCAUCUGGGGUAGAAUGAGAUAUAGGCUUACACACAUAAGUUUAGUCAUACAGACGAGGCAACGACAAGCAUCUUCAGGAUCAUUGCUCAGACUCAGAAUUCCACCAAUUGAUCCAUUACCACUUUUCUACCAUUAAAAUUAGAUAUGUAGUACUUUACCGUCCAUAUCAAUCUUGCCCAUAAACAUAGAAAUUGAAAUAUUAGAUGUUUUCCAUACCACAUAAACAUUAACAUCUACAUUCUUGCCAAGACUUGGCUCAAUAGAAAGUUGGCUGAGGACGAGAAAAGAUCAUGGCAAAUUUGACAGGAUGCAAUACAACGGUGACGGAGGGCGAGCCUGGACGCGACUUCUUGCGUCCCAUGGGCCUGACGAAAAACGCGGCAGGUCGAACUGCAGUGAGAUACAAGGACAACAUCAUCCAAAUGACGCACCCAUUACCCGAAGAAAUCUUCUUAAGGCUGCUCGUGCUGUACUUGUACUAACUUGGUAAUGAUUUUCACAACAAAGUGAAGGUUUCUUCAAGAUGAACGCAACAAAAGCGAAAGCGUGAGCUCUAAUCGCCAAGCAGACUCUGUUCGAUUUGAAGAAGGAGAUGCGGUCGUUUCAACGAGGAGUAGACAGACGCCAUGGAAAGAACCUGGAACAGGCAACAAAACUGAAGAAGGGAAGGUAACGGUUUUUUAUAAUUUGAUUUUCAACUUGCUUAACUGUUUACGUAUCUAUAGGUACGUAGAGUACAACAAGUAAACAUGCAUUUCGAGAAACUUCUUGCGAUGGUCUCAGAACAUGUUGCUUUUCUAGACAACAUCAUGAACUCAACUUGGAGUAGAAUUAGAAAUACAUGCUGUACUACUCAUACAUUUACAUUUACAUAGAAAGUAGCGAGAAUGUAACUGAAGUCGUUGGUCAGGUCAGCAAAGUCUUUGGCAGAUCCGCAGUGUUAUGACCCGCAUCCUACUGCGGAGAGUGUGGCAGCAAUAGAAGCAAGGCUUACAGACUUGAGAAAAUCGAAAGGAGACUUGAUCGACAAAAAAGGCAGCAGAGUGGUGCUCAUGGACCUACCGGACGAUGUUGUCAAUGUACUAGUACUUUCCUCUGGAUCAUCUGCUUAUUGUUUCGUGCCUCAGCUACACCUUCACUUUUACUUACAACACGUGGUUAUGAUUUUUUGCGUUGAGGUAUCAUUCGCGACUGUGACUGUCAUCCGAUAAAAUUUUUAUGUUUAGUUGUACUAAGUAGGUUUAGAGCGUACAGGUUUAGUUGGUACAGGUAGUCCGUAGUAUGCAUCAGUAUGUGAUGCUGCAACGUCCAUCUUCUCACUCAGCGCCCCGGAUUUGAGGACUACAAAUUAGGCGUGCUCGACGACGCAAUUAACAAGAAGCAGAGGAGCCUUAGCAUGGGAGGUACUAUCUAACCUCACAUGAAGACUCACAACUUUCACAUUAACCUCAGCGACAUCUUCAUCUAUCCUAUUUAAUAUUAGAUCCAGUUAUGCGCCCGCGUUCCACCUUGGCCUCAAAAAUACGUCUUUCUCAUUGCAAGCAACCGUCCUUCUGGAUAAUUUAGAAAUUCGAAAUUGAAACUGAAAUUUCUCAUCUCGGGCACAAGAACAAGCACUUUUCAACAUCCAGCUCCUUCUCAUUCUACAGCAAAUGGCUUGAGCACGCGGCGGAAGAAGAGCGGGCAACCUGUGCCGAUUGGCAUCGAGGUGGAUGAGAACCAGAACGAGCGAAUAUUAUACGAUCAGUAUCCUCAGUGUUACGACCGGUGAAAAAUUUACUAUCAUUCGUUUGUAGCACAGCAAGUUUCGAUCACCAUUUACUUUAGAUCUACUGGCGUGGUCCUUCGUUCUUGAUCUUAUUCCACCUUCAUUCCUGUUCUAGCAACUGUGUUGUGCUUGUGGGGGCACCAUUCAUAUGUUUUCUCGUGUAAGUCUAUAGAUAGUAGGUAUCAUACCACACGUACUGUGCAUUCACACUCAUAGAAAUAGAUUGACAAUUAUCUUCACAUCCGUCACCAGUAGAUCCACACCAUCACAAGACCCCUCCUCCUCGUCUAAAAACCGUAUCGUAUGAGCGAGUACCAGGAGAACAUGUUUGCGCGUUCGCAGGAGACAAUACGAGGCAUGGGAAUGGGGAAAAAGUCCUACGCAGUACAUCCGAAAGUGCCAGAUUACGACUUCCGAACCAGCUUCGUGAAACACCUUAUCGCACUAGGCGAGCGGCGAGGAUGAGAAAGGUGAAGAAACUCGUCAUGGAGGAGAUGAUUGGCAAUGAAUGGCAAUUGAAGAUAUAUGGCGACACGCGUGGGCAGGCUACAGGUGCUCCAUGCACUUCGUGCAUGCUAUAAACUACUCUAUCAUAAUGCUACGAUAAAAAACCGCUUGAGAGCAAGUCCCAGAGCGAUGACAGUGAAAGAUCAACUUGCGAGUUUGAGUUGUAUUUUUCUGUCGUCGUAGACGUAGAGGAAAGCAAGAGCAACACGAACACAGACGUCCUCAUCUGGUGCUUGUUCAUAAAUUGAUAUGUGAUCGAUUGGGGGCAUGACCGCAUGACCAUGAUCGUCGGUGUCAUACACAUACUGCAGUACGACUACGACUGCGAAUACUAAGAAUGCUUCUACUUUCACAUGGUUGCACCGGUUCGCUUUACAAAUGAUGAUGAUGUUUGAUCUCAUCCUCAUAUUUAUUUACUUAUGCAUGUACCACUGAACACAUCUCGGCCAUCAAUCUUCUGAAUCUUCUUCGCAAACAUACUCUCGCUUCUUCGUGUUCUUGUACUCGUGUACUGUACUUCUAUAUAGAAGCUGGUACUGGUAGCAAGGUUGAAGUUGAAGAGAUAAGUGCCAAGAGCUAACAAGAGGGAUGAUGAG